ACGCCCGGGGUCGGGGAGCGCGCGCCGCUGGGGCUUUGGCGUAGACGCCGUCGGUUCUGCCGCAGCUCUCGAGCUCCUCGUUCUAUCGCUUGCUAGUCAUGGCGACCGAAGAGAGGCCCUAUCACUUUGUGGUCUUCGGAGCCUCGGGCUUCACGGGCCAGUUUGUGGUUCAGGAGGUGGCCAGGCAGCAGAUAAAUCCGGAGCUGCGCGGCUCCGCGCUGCCCUGGGCUGUGGCCGGCCGGAGUCGGGAGAAGCUGCGGCAGGUGUUGGAGAAAGCGGCUGAGAAACUGGAAAGACCAACACUCCCAGAUGAAGUUGGUAUAAUAAUCUGUGAUAUCAUUAAUCCAGCCUCUCUUGACGAAAUGGCUAAACAAGCAUCUGUUGUUCUCAAUUGUGUAGGACCAUAUCGAUUUUAUGGUGAACCCGUGGUCAAAGCAUGUAUUGAAAAUGGGGCUAGUUGUGUUGACAUCUCUGGGGAACCACAGUAUCUGGAAGAAAUGUAUUGGAAAUAUCAUGAAAAAGCUGCAGAAAAGGGGGUAUAUAUCAUUGGAAGCACUGGUUUUGAUUCCAUUCCAGCUGAUCUGGGAGUAUUAUAUACCAGAAAUAAAUUAAAAGGUACUCUGACUGCUGUUGAAAGUUUCCUGACAAUAAAUUCAGGACCUGAGGGAAUGUGUAUUCAUGAUGGCACUUGGAAGUCAGCUAUUCAUGGUUUUGGUGACCAGAAGAGUUUAAAAAACCUACGAAAACAAUCAAAUAUGAAACCUGUUCCAGUUGUUGGUGCUAAAUUGAAAAGAAAAUGGCCUAUUUCUUACUGUAGUGAACUAUGUGAAUAUUCUAUUCCAUUCAUGGGAUCUGAUGCCUCUGUUGUGAAACGGACACAGCGGUUCUUGUAUGAAAAUUUGCAGGAAACACCAGUGCAGUAUGCUGCUUAUGUGACUGUUGGAGGCCUUACUAAUGUUAUUAAGCUGAUGUUUGCAGGACUUUUCUUUUUACUCUUUGUGAAGUUUAGCAUUGGAAGACAACUUCUAGUAAAAUUUCCAUGGUUGUUCUCCUUUGGAUAUUUCUCAAAACAAGGACCAACACAGAAACAGAUGGAUGAUGCUUCAUUUAUAUUUACAUUCUUUGGUCAAGGAUAUAGCCAGGACCAUACUACAAAAGAUGGGAAACCUAAUAUUAAAAUAUGCACCCAAGUGAAAGGACCAGAGCCUGGUUAUGUGGCUACACCCAUAGCGAUGGUACAAGCAGCUGUUACUCUUCUAAAAGAUACCUCUGAGCUUCCUAAGGGAGGUGGUGUCUUUACACCAGGAGCUGCUUUCUCCAAAACCAAGCUGAUUGAAAGACUCAACCAAUGUGGCAUUGAAUUUAGUGUCAUUAGCAGCUCUGAAGUUUAAAAAAGAGAAAUAUUCAUAAAACUGCAUGAAUUAACAGCUUCUUCAUUUGAUACUUGAAAUUCUUAAGAUGAUUCCAAGUGACCAGGUCAAAAAACCUUUCAUAAAAAGCAGUCUGUGCUAGGUACACAUGCACUAAGCUAGUUUUCUUAACCGAUAUCACUGCUUGUCAGAGGGAUCUAAAAACUAAACUAAAAAGUAUCUAAAAAUAUACUUCAGAUAUAUUUUCCUUAGAUAGAUUGUGAGGUGGCUGGUCAGGUGGGAGGAAUGGGGCAACUUACUGGAGAGUUUCCCUGAUGCUUUUGUGUGCCUUUGCUCUUUGAGCUUGAUUGUAGCUAUCCUUUAACCAGCUUUGGUUAUUUAAUGAAGAAUAAGUAUGGACACUGUCUAGAAAACUGCUUGUGUACUGACCUGCUUUGUAUAUUUCCACAGGAGUAUGAAUGUGUUUUUUAAGCCUCAACUUACCUGAUAAUAAUCCUUAAUGAUAAAUUCUUUUGGCUGUAUUUGUAAAGACUAUACUGAUAUGAUGAUAAAGAUUUUUCUUUGAUUUUCAAUGCCCAAAGUAAGUUUUUUCUUCAUUCACAUUUAUUUUUUGAUUGUGAGGCAAUUGGGGUUAAGUGACUUGUCAGGAUAGUAAGUCUGAGGCCAUAUUUGAACUUAAGUCGUCCUGACUCUUAUCCACUGCACCUUUCAGCUGCCUCCUUCAUUCACUUUUUGGGCCAAAAUUCAGUUCUCCAUUGAACUAUUUUGUCGCUCACAAAAGUUGUGCAUGUGUUUUUCUAACACUGAAUGUAUGCCAUAUAUCCUUAGAGUCUGUUUUUAAAAUGAGAAUUUUCCUUGGGUCUGUGAUAUGUCUGACAAGUAAAGCUCAUCUCUGGCAUGCAGUUUAUUCAGUUGUAGGAUAUGAGGGAUGGACCAGCUUUUUCCAAGUCCAUUUUGGUUUUGUGCUUCUCUCUUAGAAUUCAAACACUUAUCAUGCUGUCUCAUUCAGAAUUAAAAUCUGAGUGUAUAUAUAUAAAAUAGUACAGCUUUUUAAAAUGUCUUCAGAGUGGUCAUUGGAAAACACUUUUGCUUUUAUGCAUUUCUUAGCUAAUUACUAUAUACACAAAAGUAAAUAAAACUAUUGGUUUAAAAAACAGCAUAUAAUUAAAAAUUAGGGGGGUUUAAGCCAUUUACAGUUUGAAAAUGAAAUCUGUAGAUACAGAGGACAAACUACAGAGAAUUUUUUGAUCACUCACUAACUCAUUCAGCCUCUUUUAUAAGUAUUUAGUAAACCAACAUUUAUAUUAAGAAGCUAAUCAAAGUGAAUUUUAAAUGUUUUAUGGGAAGCUGGAGCCUCGAUAUUUGGUGUGUACUAAACUCUCUCUCUUCUUCUUAACUAUAAGAGCAACAUCAUUUUUCAGUUUCCACAGACUGGCUUCAAGUAGCUCACCAAUGUCCUUUAAGAGCUGUGACUGUUGUUGUGUAAAAGGACAUAACAUUUGAUCGUCCUCCUGAAAAAUAAAUGGGCCAAAAUGAGUAAGAAUAGC